AUGGAGAACUCCAGCGCUUAUAUCCUAUCCAAGAACGCCAGAGUUUUUCUCAAAGCAACCGACGUGUUGUCGGAUCACCUAUCUUUGAUUAUAGGGGAAGGUUUCAAGACGUUGUUGGUCUUCCACCAUCGCGCAUUUCUCGAACGUAGCCUAGAGGUUUUGAAGACGGAUCGGGAAGAUUUAAGCCAGUCUUUGCCAGAAGCUGUAUCCAUUGGCUGUCUUGACCCAACACUCCUCCAAGAAACGCUGAGGACCCUUGACCUCCUGUUUCCACCUUCCGGUGACGGACAAUCCCGAAGAAUACUCGAAAAAUGGGUGCAGAAGGAAGAUCUUGACCCAGGUCUGCUAGAGCCAGGCCAUACCAUGCUGGAAAUAUCAGCUGAGAAUAAGACCCCCGAUGACCUUCAGGAGCUGUACAUGCAAUAUCCGCACUGGGCCCCACGGCUGGCCCGUUUGCUGAAGGAGGUCGACGAUCCAACCCCGACAACUAGGUGGGAGCGCUACGCAGAACGGAGAAAAUCCCCUCGGCACAUGUACAAGUGCGCUCUAGCCGCCUUCAUUGUGGCAGCCAUAUUCGGUAUACUUGCAACGGUGCUGGCGGCAGUCCAGGUCUGGAUAUCAUAUUGCGCCUGGGUGGACGACCCGAUGAAGUCUUUAGUCUUCAAUUCACAUUUGAUCAUUCGACACAAUCGAGCAUACUGCAUUUCAGCCAUGGCUUCGCGACCAGACAUGGAUGACGAGGACCUCACCUUCCAUUGCUGCGCGCCCCUCCGGCCCUCAGAGCUCUUGAGACCAAUUGACGUCGGAGACCUUGGCGGCUCAGGCCACGCAGGAAAAUCAACAUUCCUCGCCUGGCCCAUCUUCGGCCCCCUCCUCUUCCAAAACGAAACGAGCGAUGCGCGCGACCACUGCGCGAAUGAGAGGACAUUCCUAAGCUACCUCCGCCUCUCAGUCUACAUGUCCAUCGUCGCCGUCGCCAUCGUCCUCUCCUUCCACCUGAAGUCCGAACCCAGCCAGCUCGAGCUGCGCAUGGCCAAACCCCUCGGCAUCAUCUUUUGGGUCCUGGCCGUCGCGUGUCUGUGUCUCGGGAUCGGUAACUACAUAAAAACCGUCAACAAGUAUAGUCGCAAAGCGGCCAUCGUGCAAACCGGAUGGAGGACGCAGCUCGUCCUUGCCGUGGUGGCUCUCAGCAUCGUAGGAACAUGCGUCGUCUUACUCGUCAUUACAAAGAUUUCAGCAAACUCUCAAGAGGGACAGAAGAACUCAUCAACUAACGCAGAAGCAGCAGCAGCAGCUUUCGUCGCAGGACCAGUCUUGAAGUGA